UGUCGGGAGCGAGCGCGCAUGUGAGGAGUGCGGGGCGGGAGGCACCGAGCCCGCCUCGUCCUCCCUUUCUCCGAGCAUCCUCCGCGAUGCCAUCCUGGAGGUGAUACAGGCGCAGCAGCAUCCAUGGCCUGCCCCUAACCGCGGCAUUCCCGGCUCUUCCUCCUCCUCCUCCUCAUCCUCCCCGCCGCCCGGGAAGCGCCGAGGCCGAGCUGAGAGGGAACCGCGUUCUCCUGUGGUUUUUUUUUUCCAGGCUCCUCGGGAAUUGAGGAAUGCAAUUCUGCCACCAUGAUGGAAGGACUGAAAAAACGCACCAGGAAGGCCUUUGGGAUACGCAAGAAAGAAAAGGACACUGACUCCACAGGCUCACCAGACAGGGAUGGCAUCAAGAAAACCAAUGGAGCCCCGAAUGGAUUUUACGCGGAGAUCGACUGGGACAGAUACAACUCCCCUGAGCUGGAUGAGGAGGGAUACAGCAUCCGACCCGAGGAACCGGGAGCUACCAAAGGAAAGCACUUCUACUCCUCCAGCGAGUCCGAGGAGGAGGAGGAGGCGCACAAGAAGUUCAACAUCAAGAUCAAGCCCCUGCAGGCCAAGGACGUCCUGCGCAGCGCCGCCACCGUGGACGAGCUCAAGGCCUCCGUAGGCAACAUCGCUCUUUCUCCGUCCCCCGUGAGGAAAAGUCCGCGGCGCAGCCCGGGGACGAUUAAAAGGAAUUUAUCCAGUGAGGAGAUCACGCGGCCCCGGCGCUCCACGCCCACGCCAGACCCCGCCAGGUCAGUGCAGGCUGCUCUGGACCAGCCUGAGAUCUGGGGGUCGGUCCAGCCCGCCAACACAAACGUAGAGUCCCCAAAACUUCCGAGACCUUUUCCAACUGGAACCCCUCCGCCGCUCCCCCCGAAGAACAUCCCGGCCACGCCGCCGCGCACCGGCUCCCCCCUUCCUCUGACCACAGGAGGGGACCAGGCAGCAGCAGAGCCCAAACGGGACAAACUCCCGUCCAUCAAUGACUUGGACAGCAUUUUUGGCCCCGUGCCGUCCCCCAAAUCUGCUGCUGCCACCGCAGAAGACAAGUGGGUCAAUUUUUCCGAUCAAUCCCCGGAAAACGCUCCUCCGGAAUUGUCGCCCCGGGAAAAAGCUCCGUCUCCUCCGGCGGCCGCGGGCAGCCCGGUCAGCGCUCCGGCCGAGCAUCCCCGCCCGCUGCCCUCGCCGCUGCAGCUGGAAGAAGCUCCCAAGAAGCUUUCCGAGCAGCCCCACCUUAAGGAUGAUUCCGCCGAGCCCGUCGCCUCUCCUAAAGAUUUUGGGCCGGGCCAAAGAGCCACCCCGCCGCCCCCUCCGCCGCCCACCUACCGCGCCGUGGUUUCGUCCCCCGGCCCGGGCGCCGGCACGGGAAGCACCAGCGGUUCCUCGUCCCCGGCUCGUCCCGGAACGCCGCUGGCCACGUGUGGCACCCCCCCGCCGCCACCGCCCCGACCCCCGUCCCGGCCCAAGCUGCCCCCUGGCAAACCCCCCGUCAGCGAUGUGUCCAGGCCUUUUAGCCCUCCCAUCCACUCCUCCAGCCCUCCUCCGAUAGCACCUUUAGCCCGUGCUGAAAGUACUUCUUCCAUCUCUUCCACCAAUUCCCUGAGUGCAGCCACCACUCCCACCGUCGAGGAUGAUGCUUUUAUUGACAAACUGCCCGCGUUUGAAAGGCGCAGUGAAACGCCGGCAGAGAAUGAACAGCCUUCCCUCGUUUGGUUUGACAGAGGAAAGUUUUAUUUGACUUUCGAAGGCUCGUCACGAGGCCCCAGCCCCCUGACCAUGGGGGCACAGGACACGCUGCCCGUGGCCGCGGCCUUCACCGAAACCGUCAACGCCUACUUCAAAGGCGCUGACCCCAACAAGUGCAUCGUGAAGAUCACGGGGGAGAUGGUGCUGUCCUUCCCGGCGGGCAUCACCCGACACUUUGCCAACAACCCCGCUCCGGCCGUGCUCACCUUCCGUGUGCUCAACUUCAACAGGCUGGAGCACGUCCUGCCAAACCCCCAGCUCCUCUGCUGUGACAACGUGCAGAGCGACUCCAACUCCAAGGAGUUCUGGGUCAACAUGCCAAAUCUGAUGACUCACCUAAAGAAGGUAUCGGAACAGAAACCUCAAGCCACCUAUUACAAUGUGGAUAUGCUCAAAUACCAGGUAUCUGCCCAGGGUAUUCAGUCUACUCCAUUAAACCUUGCAGUGAGCUGGCGGUGUGACCCUGCAAGCACUGACCUGCGCAUCGACUACAAAUACAAUACAGAGGCAAUGACCACACCGGUAGCUCUAAACAACGUCCAGUUCCUCGUCCCUGUCGACGGAGGAGUAACCAAACUUCAAGCUGUGCUUCCUCCUGCUGUCUGGAAUGCCGAACAGCAAAGGAUAUUGUGGAAGAUCCCUGAUAUCUCCCAGAAGUCAGAAAAUGGAGGUGUGGGGUCGCUGCUGGCGCGGUUCCAGCUGUCGGAGGGGCCCAGCUCGCCGGCCCCGUUGGCCGUGCAGUUCACCAGCGAGGGCAGCACCUUGUCCAGCUGUGACAUCGAGCUGGUGGGCGCCGGCUACCGCUUCUCCCUCAUCAAGAAGAGGUUCGCGGCAGGUAAAUAUUUGGCGGAUAACUGAUGGAAGCUUAUGCAAGGCUAUGGAAAAUACUAUGGAAAAUACCCAAGGACUGCUGUGCGUGGAACGGGUUUUAAUUACAGUUUAAGGAAAAUGAACUAAAUCCUGCACUCGGGACAUUUCUGUUGGAAGUGUCGACAACUUUCAGCGUUUUUUUUCCUUGGAAAACACCGUCUUGACCAGUCCUCCAGUAUUUACUUCUAGAUGUAACAUUGUUAAUGGUUUUAAAAUGUAAUUAUUGUAUUUGUAAAUUGUACUCAUUCCAGUAAGGCUGUAUUUUGGCAGUUAGACACUUGAGUUUUAGCAUUUUCCCAUUCAUGAAAUGGAUGUAAUUUAAACUGUGGUAUAUAAAUCUAAUAGUAGUACUGUUGAAUGGCACAAUGCUUACAGAGGUAGAUUGCAUUUUGUCAAUAUAUACAAUUUAAAUACGAUACUGGUAGCUGUUAUGAAGGGGGUGCCUCAGCAAAAGAGAGUUCAGUAGAGCCCACAGGCUGAUUUAAUUUUCCUUCAGUCCUUAGUACGUCUCACAGAGAUCAAUAAAAAGCUCAACCUUCAGGUUCAGCUGGUCUAAAUCAGGAAAAAUAUUGAUGGAAAAGUGGAGGUUCCUAGGACAGUCUCCCAGGUAGAAAAUCUCACUUCUGCAAGGAGCAUUUACUCCAAAUUUCCAGCUCCGUGCUCUGUCAGAGCUGCAGAUUCCCUGCUGGAAUUUCAGCAGCUCUUCCCUGCCCCGUGUGUUUUGCAGGGACACAGAUGAGGAAGGAAGCACAGAGAGGCUCACAGCACUGGCAUAAAACCAGUUUUAUUCCUUCCUCUCCUUCCUCUCCUUCCUCUCCUUCCUCUCCUUCCUCUCCUUCCUCUCCUUCCUCUCCUUCCUCUUCCUCCCUGGAAUUGCAGCCGCACCUGCUUCUCUAUUUUAGCGCUCAGCUGGCUCGGAGAGAUGGGAAAACACAUGGAAGUGCUGGACUGGAGAACGGGGGACAAAAUAUUGUCCCUGUGCACUUUUCCCUGUCCCACUGUGCUCAUUCCAGACUCCUGGUGAGAGCUGGUGGCGCUCCUGCUGCUGCAGCUGAGUCAAACAGGGGAAUUUGGCAAUAUCGGGAAGGGAAAUGAAGGAAUCUUUGUGGAAUCAAACAGAGAUGCACAGGAGCAUCCAUGGAAUGGGGUGCUGGGACUUUGGGAAUGUGUAAGAUGACAAAAAGUGCUGAUUUUACAAGUGUUGCCAGGCUUAGGGUGGUGCAUUUUACAUUGGAGAACAGCCUGGGCGUGUUGGGAAGUGCUCAGGGAGCAGUUUGGUGUAGGAAAAGGGAGAUCUGUGCCCAUCUGAAGAGAAAAGAAAGAAAUGUGGGGAUAUUUCAGGUGUGAGGCGGCUCCCAGGCUGAGACUGGGGGGUGAGCUGUGAGUUGACAAAAGGCAGCAGCAGGAAAGGAAAAGCACAAUUCACUCCUGCAGCUUCCCACACCCUCACAGAUUUUGGGAGAGAACUCCCCAGUGUUGCACUCCAUGAAUGAUUUCCCCCCUGAACUGGAAAUUUGUAUAAAGUGUGUAGCUCACCCCUUUCUGACACAGAAAUAUAGGGCAAACCCCAAGAGUCAGGUCUAUGCUGUGUACAAUUGUUCCAAACCCAUCCUUCCAAAAGAGAUCCAGGGCAGAGACCUGAGAAAAAAAAAUGGAUUUAUAAUGUAAAUAUUACCAGAAGAUAGAGAUUUUACUUUAUAUUUCAUUUGAAAGACAAGGUGUUUACAUUAGCAUUGGGUUUUUUUGAGUGCUUUUUCAACAGAAAAACCCAUAACCCAAAGCUCCCAAGCUCAUCCCCUUUGAGCUGGUGAACACAACAGAGGUCACUUUUUUUUUGGGAUGCAGUCCUCAUGGCCUGGAGAGAGAGAUGGGAACAGUCUGGGACAUUUUGUCCUAUUUCUGGGGCAUGUGGGAUGUGCCAGCACUGCCAGCCCCACAGGGACACAGCUGCAGCCACUGGCAGGUGACACCAAGGAUGUGACACUGGGACCACAGGAGGAGAUUUGGGACAGGAUUUUCCAUGCUACUCUUGCCAGUUUUGGGCACAGUGUUUAAAACUUGCAGGUUUUUGGGCACAGUGUUUAAAACUUGCAGGGUUUUGGGCACAGUGUUUAAAACUUGAGGGUUUUUGGCAGUGUUUUCUCAGAGUGCCCCAGGGCUUUUUUGGGAGUUUGGUGAGAGCACCUGGCCCCAGAGAGGGGCCUGGAGUGUUCAGGGCACUCAAGCUCUGCAGGCUUCACCUCGGUUUUUAGGUGAAAAUUGUUGUAUUUUCAGGGAAUUCACCUGCCUGGGGCUGCCUGGCCGCUCAAAGGGAGCAGGGAGGUGAAAUGGCAGGGAUUGGGUUUCA